AUGGAAGAGGAGUUGAAAUGUCCAAACUGCCAACAGUUUGCAACAGAUCCUAUCCUGUUGGACUGUGGUCACAGUUACUGUCGGCAAUGUGCAGUUACUUCCCAGCAGGGACCCUGUCAACAAAGUCCAGCGACUUCACACUCCACGGUACCUCCAACGCUUCUGGCCCACAUUCACUCCAGUACGCCUCUGUCUCCACCAUCUUCUAGUAGUGCUGCUAGCGAUACAAUUUCGCUGUGCGUGUCUGAGCAGGAUCAGGAAAGCGACAAAUUAUCUGUUGUAUCGGAAACCGAUAGUGGUGUAGUUGUAUGCGGAAGGAAUUCUAGACCAGCUUCAUUGAUUGGUGGAGCAUCAUACUUAUCAACUACAUUGUACCACCGAUUACCUCCCAUCUUAACACCAUCUACUUCCGGUUGCAGUAUUUGCUGCAAAUCAUGCCACAAACCGACAUAUUAUCCGGAUGAACAGACGGUUUUAAGUUUGCCGUCUAAUACUGCCUUGGUCAAUGUUAUUAACAGGCAAUUACCGGAAAUUACUGUUUGCAUAGAUGCCCGUUCUGAUUUUAAAGAACUAAGUCUGAUCUUUUCUCAGCUUUGCGAUGGUGACAAGCCAGAAGAGGCAUCAGUAUUUUGUGAGCAAUGCGACAUCUAUUACUGCUCAGCUUGUCAGUCGUCGCUGCAUCCGGCUCGUGGGCCUUUAGCAUCCCAUAAGUUGGUGCCUCCGUCUGCCAGAAAGCGUGCUAGAACACCAAUUGGUGCUUUGAAAGACUGCAGAUGCAUGAAUCAUCCAUCAGAAUUACUGUCUAUGUAUUGUACGAUCUGUAGAACAGCCGUCUGUUGCGUUUGUCUUCAAGAAAUACGACACACAAAUCAUGAUGUUCAAAGUUUAGAAAAGACUUGCAAGUCUCAAAAGGUAAAGCUUUCCAAUUUGCCUGUUUAUUUUUCGAUAUUAACUUCACCGUACGCACAAAUGCAGAAGAAAGUGGAAUUUUUGGCACUUCAUUUUAUGUACUGGUCAGUAGCAUUAUACAGCGCGCGUAAUGGAGAAAAGCAACGAAGAUAG